GAAGUGGGAGGGGUGGGAUGAGCAGUGACAAUUGGACCGGGAAAGGGGCGGAGCUGGCGCGCUGGGCCAACCACUAACCCUCUUGUGAGAGACGCCAUCACACUCGAAAUCGUAGAGGGGGCGUAGCGCUGAAUCCCUCGACUCGCGCAUGCGCGUCCCUAGGGAAGGCGAUUGUGGCGGGGAUACGCUCGAGCGAGGAACGGAUCUUUGUCAGUUACUAGCGCAUCACUCCGCUCAGGGAGACGGAAGUACUUCCGGGUCGUCACCGGCUACCACUUCCUGGCACGGAGCCAUGUCUACUCUGUUCCCUUCAUUACUUCCACGUGUCACAGAGUCCUUGUGGUUUAACCUGGAUCGACCCUGUGUAGAUGAAAACGAGCUACAGCAGCAAGAACAGCAGCAUCAGGCCUGGCUCCAGAGUAUUGCUGAGAGAGACAACAACCUAGUACCCAUUGGGAAACCAGCUUCAGAGCACUAUGAUGAUGAGGAAGAAGAAGAUGAUGAGGAUGAUGAAGACAGUGAGGAAGACUCAGAAGAUGAUGAGGACAUGCAGGACAUGGAUGAGAUGAAUGAUUAUAAUGAAUCCCCUGAUGAUGGGGAGAUCAAUGAGGCGGGGGAUCACCUCCUCAGAGCGCCCCACAAUCAGCUCCACCUGCCAAAUGGGGAUAUGUGAGAAGAAGGAUGGACAGGAGGAGGAGUGUAAGGAGGGAGAAGGGAAAAGAAAUGCAGAAGAAGAAAGCCAGUCCUCUUCCUACAGGGGCUUCCUAUGUGGUCAUCCCUCCUGUCAUAGAUGAUGGAGACAGAAGAAAACAGGAGAAUUAAAGUCCUUGUUCUAGCUUGAUUAGUCAUUUUUAUUGUGAACUUCAGUAAGUCUUUUCCCUUCUCUAAGCUUUAGUUUCCCCUUCUAUAAAAAUCACGUGGUUGGACAAUAUGGUCUCUAAGGCCUUUUUCACAGCAGAUAUUUGUUCGAGCUCUAAUAUUCUGGUCCAUAUUCUGAGACUCCUUCCAGCUCUAACACUAUUCCAUGUUCUAAGGUCCACUUACAGUUCUAACAUUCUCCUGUUUUACUUUCAUUGGUUCCUCUUAUUCCCCAAGGCAGAGGCUCUCACUGGUUGGGUUCAUGGGGAAGUGUGGGGAGGAGCAGCAUAAGUGGGGAAAGCAGGAGAAGGAGGAAGAACCCACAUUGAGGCUGGCAGGGAAUGACAUAGGCUGUUUGGUUGGUUUUUGGUUUUGUUUUGGUUUUUUUGGCUAGGCAGGGAAGUUAAGUGACUU